AUGGAAGAGGCAUCUGCUCCAGAUUUAUCCACUUGUAGAUUUCAUCAAAAUCUGCAGCUGUUGCAGUGCACAAUUGAAGCAAAGAGGCGAGCUGAAAUAGGCGAGAUAUGUGUUCCUAAACGAAGGCGGCAGCAUAGUUCGGGUACUUCAUUUUACUCAUUCAUUGACUAUUUUUUUGACAGUCACUUUAACAAGAUUGCAGAUGAAGAGGACUUUUUUGAUGCGCAAGAGGAGCUUGAUAGCACUGGAAGCAUAGAAUACCAGCCUGAUGGACGUCUGAGGCCAUCCGGUUCCUUAUGCCUUUUGCAUUAUCCAGAUAGGCGUAUGUAUGAACCUAUCACACAGAGCCGUGCGCCGAUAACAGAGGAUAUGCUUGAAAAGCAUACCGCAUAUUUAUCUUCGUUGGAGACAGUUGAAGAUCGGAUUAGAGCCCAGCUUGAACCACUUUUUUCAGACAUGGAGGCGUUCAAGUUUUUGUUUCAGAUUUUUAAUGACUUCGAGAAUUUCACAGUAUCGAAUUUAAUUAUUUCUAUUUUACCGAUUUUAAUCAAACUCGCCGCGUCACAGUUACUAGAAGAAUCAAAGCUAUAUUUUCCUGUUGUUGGGGACAGACUGCUCAGUUUUUGCAAAAAGGCAGCUAACUGUACACGAACCGGCAAUCUGGAGGACUAUUUGGAUGCUGUAAAGGAUAUGAUGCUAAUCGAAAGCACAAUCGCCAGCUGCAACAUGCUGUACACGCAGUUGAUCGCAACGAACAACAAAGUGUUUAGUUUUGAAUAA